UCUCCCGCGUCCUCGUUCCCCGGGCAACCGCGCCGACUUCCGGUUGUUUCCGCCAAUCGCAGCUUCAGCCUGCAAGGCGCGGGCCAAUCAGUGGCAGCCCCGUUAGUGGCCGUCCGGGAAGCGGCAUGGAGCGCCUGUGGGCCGAGGACUGCGCGCGGCUGGUCCGCAGCUGGCGGGUCGCCAGCUCGUCGGGGCCGGGCCGCGCGGCGAAGCAGGCGGCGCUGCAGCACCGACGCGCCUUUGAGAAACUGCUGCAGAAGAUGCAAGGGCUGCCAGCUGUCCUCCCCACCCUGCCUCUGGAGCUGACUGUGCUCUACAACGCCCUGCUGUUUGAUCUUGGCAGCUCCGACUGCAUCGUCGAGGGAGAAGCCGAAGGCAUACGCCAGGGGCUCUUGAGGGUGCUGGAAGCUGGCGGGGUGUCUGGGCCCGAUCUCAGCACCGAGGAGCUCUGGCAGAAGGUGCUGCAAGAGUUGCCUGCCGAGGAGCUGCGAGCUCCGCUGCAUCGACUAGGCGUUCUGCAGGGGGUGCUGUGGCUGGCAGCGAACCGCCUGGGCAGCAUCGCCGGGCUUCUGCGGUUCUUGAGUGGUGCCAAGGACCCAGUGCUGUCACCCUGCCCUGGAGGUGAGAACGAGCUCCUGGCACUACUCAGGGCCUGGCAGGUGCCUGCUGAUGAGGACACUUCGCCCCUCGUGGUACAGAGUGCCUGGGACGUGAGAGAGGUACUGUGGACCGCAGCUGCCUUCCUGCAAGGUUUGCAGGAGCUGGAGGCCGGGAAUCUCCCAGCUGCCCUCUCCCUGCUCCAAGUGGCUGCAACCGGGUUCUGCUCCAAGAGAGUCCUGGCCCAGAUCUACAUCUGCCUGGGCUGCUGCACUCAGCAAAUGGGUAAGCCACAGACGGCCCUGCAGCACCUGAAGCAAGCCCUGCAGCUUGAUUUCCAGUGCCUCGCGGCCCUGUCCCAGGCGGCAAUGGUGUACCACCAGCUGGGGGAGACGGACGCGGAGCUGGAGGCCCUGGCUCUGCUCCAUGAGGCUCUAGACAGCCCCCCUCCAGAGGCUGGCUCUGCUGCACCUGGCUCACUGGUCCGAACGGAGCUGCUGGUCCACCCCCCGGCCUUGGCGUCGCUGCUCCGCCAGCCCUCCCCCUCCGAGGUGAAGUACCUGCUGGCCCAGAGGUGCUUCCAGGCUGGAAGGACGGCAGAAGCGGGGGAGCACUACCUGGACUUGCUGGCUGUGCUGCAGGAGGGGCCCCGGCACCAGGGACAGGGGCCCUGGCCUGCUCUGGGCACCCAAAAGCACCAGAGCAAGGGAGCAAAUGCACUGAAGGGCUCAGCUGUAGGCAGGGAAGAGAAGGGAGCCCCACACAGAGCACAUGGACCUGGAGCUCUUGCGGUGUCAAGGGGAGAUGCCAAGGUGCCCCUGCACGGCCAGUCGGCUCUGCCCAGGAUCCCCGAGGUGUUCUUGGAAGCCGCGUCUGCCCUGGAGCAGCUCGGGAGGCACCGGGACGCCAUUGCUGUGUGCGAGGAGGUUGUCAACCGAAUGGGUGACCUGACUCCUGAGACGCUGCGCAUUGACCUGAGCUCCUGGGACGGGGCGGAGGCAGGUUCCCCAUCACCCAGGCCAAGGUCGGGGCUGCCCCGUGACAUCCUGCCCCAGAAGAAAGAGAGCCUGCGCUGCAUCCUGUGGCGGGCAGCCGCGUACCUGCACCAGGGCUGGGCGUGGGCCGGCCUGGCGGACAGCAAGGAGGCCAUAACGCAGUUCACCAGGUGCCUCAAUGACCUUCUCAGAGUCCAGCUGGUGAGUGCAGACGGCCUCCACGUUGGCGAGGUGGCAGCAGGUGCCCUGCCAGAGGCGGCGGUGCUCCAGAGGAUCCGGCUCCUGGCCCUCGUCGGGCGAGGCGCCCAGUUCCUGGAGCUCGGACGGGACAGAGAUGCCUUGAUGAACUUCCAGUAUGCCUUGCAGGUCUCCCCAGGGGACCUGGCAGCUGCCUCCCACCUGCUGCAGACCCUGUGGAAGCUGGACCGGAGGCAAGAAGCAGCUGUGCUCUGGCAGAAGCUCCAGGCAGACUCUGGGCAAACGGAGGGGCAGCAGGAGGACCAGGGCAGGUCCUUCCCGCUGUACCUGACUUUGUGCCCACAGCCGGCAAACCUCCUGCUGGAUGGGUCCCUCGCCAGGGGCCUGCAGGACUACCUCAGGAGCAGCGGCCAGGAGCCGUAGAGUCGCAGCCUGCCUGCCAGGGUCACAUGCCAGCCGGCCGGCAGCCUCCAUGCCUGCGCUGUUAUCUCCUCUGGGACUCCGCGCUGCUCACGGGCUGGAAGCAUUUUCCAAGCCCAGGGUCUGCAACGCUGCAUCUGCUUUUCAAAUAAAAAGGGCCUGGGCGAGGCACCACAGCCCUGCUUUUUCCCUG